AGUAGCUCACGAGCUGCGGUAGUGUGAGGGUGUGUACCGCGCGCUCUUCCCUCGGACCCGUGCCUGAACUCUUUGGUGCCGCCGAGAGGUUAUAAGUCCUGAGUAAUGGUGGCGGGGUGACGCGUGACUUAUCUUCCAGAACUGACCCGCCAACCUUCAUUCCACUCUCAUAUAAUUUUACAAUUCCUCUUCCUGUUUGUCCUGCCCGCGGCCUUGCCACCCUAGAUCUCGGAUACCACUCAAGUGCUUUGUCUUUGGCGAACUGAGAAACGUUGAUAUAGUGUUUUUUUUAUAUAUUUAUUUUCGAGGCAAAAGAAGUGUUGACAGUCCGUGACCUAUCUCCCGGCCAGACAUUUCAGCCAUUAUGCCCGGGAAUUGUGGCUUGGGCAGGGCAGUAGAGGCGUGUGGUAUAAGGGAGCGAGGGUUCUCCAUGUGACCCGGAAAAUGCAUUCCAAUCUGGACAUGCUGAAGGUGAAAUAUAAUAUGCUUGAAUAGCAUUAGUAGAGAUAAUUAGAAACAGAAAAAGACGGAACUAUUUUUUGUGUGGCAGCCAUGACUCCGCCAUUGUUACAUUCCCGUCGUCGGCAAACUUUGGCCUCCUCCGCCCGCCACAUCUACGCCGCCUUCGUCCGUACUCGCCCCUUCGCCCACCAGAAUCCCCGCACGUCCGUAACGACGCCCACGCCCACGCCGGGAAUAUGGGGCGACUGUGGGCGUGGCCUGGGCGUGCUUGUGUACCGCAGUGUGGGGCUGUGGGCGGUGCUGGGCGUGACCUACGUCGUGGGCAUCGUGGCUGGACCCAUAGCGGGUCCCGCUGUGUCCUCCUCUCUUCUGGUCGCCGCCGUCACCUCACUCCUCACAGGGUUCUGCUACACGGAGCUGGUGACCUGGAGCGGGCAGUCGUCGGGUCAGCUGUACACGGUGACUUACCAGCUGGUGGGCGAGCUGGUGGCCUUCGUGGUGGGCUGCCUCAACACCCUCUUCGCUGCCGCCACCCUCGCCGCCGUCGGCAAGUCCCUGUCGGCCACCAUGGACUACCUGUCAGGAGGCAAGGUGGAGCGCUUUGUGGCCACUCACCUGGGCCGCCUACCAGGCUCCCAGGCCGCCCCGGACUUCAUAGCCGCCGGCGCCUCCCUCAGCGUCGCCGUCAUCCUCGCUUUUGGUCUCGAGCAAUCCGGGUUCCUGAGGGCGACGAUGAGUGUGGCGACGGGCGUGGCACUCGUGUUCUUCCUGGCUGUUGGCGCCACGCACACGGAGCAGGACCCGUCUCAUCUGCACCACGCCCUUAACAUCGGCUCCUCUGAGCUGCUGGCGGGAGCUGCCGUCUGUGUGGUGAUCUACAGCGGCUUCCACGAGACCGGCCGCCUGGCGAAGCAGCACCGGCGGCCCCACCGCGCCAUGCCCAUCGCUAUCUCCCUCGCCACGGGUCUUGCAUUCCUCGCCUUCUUCGCCCUGGGCAUCGUUCUCACCCUCAUGACGGGAAACUCGAUACCUUCCAAAGGAGCGCCUCUUAUCCAGGCUCUAGAACGUCGCGACGUUGGCUGGGCACGACUCGUUCUUGGCUCCUUCCAGGUGGUGAUGCUGUGUCUGGCCCUCGUGGAGGCGGCGAAUCCGCUUUCUAGACAGCUGGUGUCCCUGGCCACAGAUGGCCUCCUGCCGCCCACCCUGGCCCACCAGUGUUCUCGCACCACUGCCCACGCCCACGCCCACCUUUUCGGGGGUACCAUGGCUGCCUUUCUUGCUCUGCUCUUCAGCCACGUCCUCCUCCUUCAGGUGCUGGCCACGUGUGCGCUCUGCCUGCACGUGGUGGUGGUGCUGGCGGUGAUGUACCGUCGGCACCGCUGCUCCUACGGGUCCCUGUGCUCCGUGGCCGCCACCGCCUCCUCCAGCGCCCCCUACAGCUACCAGCGUCUUGCUCCGCCACACUCCCGCCAGGAGAGGACCUUCCACUUCCUGAAGGACGGGAUGCGAGUCCUGCCUCAGAGAGUCCGGACCCACAAGGACGCCACUCCCGCCUUCACCUCUCCGGACUCUGAGAGUGGCGUGAGUGGACUGGACCCAGAGACCCGUGACACGGCUCCUCUGCUGGACUACUCAGAGGACAGCCUCGCCUCGCCCCUCCGUGACUCCGUGCAGCUGGAGGCAGUAGAGUCCACCAACCAACAGCAGCAGCAGCAGCAGACUUCUGCGUCGGACACGGAAUCCGCCGCGUCGGGAUAUGGCACGGACACUGAUGCGGAAGAUGACAUUGACGCUGCCGUGGCCGAGUAUCAGGAGAAGUUGAAGGUGGCAACGUUGGAUAUGGGCGUGGCCCGUGCCCCUACGGUGGCCACGGCGCGGCGGGCGUGCGUGGCCUUAACUGCCCUUCUGGCCACGGUGAUUGUGGCGGCAUUCGUGGCCGUGUAUGGGUGGAGGGACGGCGGCGACCACCCACUCCUGGUGGUGGUGCUGUCGACCACCAUGUUGGCAGCACUGGUGUUGGUGGCACUUCUAACCCGCCUACCCACCCUCCACCCCUCCAACACCACCACCUUCAGGGUACCAGCAGCCCCCUGGCUGCCCUCCGCUGCCCUCCUUCUCAAUGUGAUCCUGCUGGUGCAGGUCCUCAGGCACUCCUGGGCAGUUAUCUCUCUCUACACUACGGCAGGUCUGGUGUGGUACUUCACCUACGGCGUGCAUCACAGCGCCCUGGCCACCCUAGGGGUGGUGACUGCACGCGGCCGCUCCACUGAGAUCAUCUGCAUGGAGCCCCUAGCGCCCCCCGCCCUCACCCCGACCCUGCUGCAGGCGUCGCCCCAGCUCCUCCACCACCCAACGCACCAGCAACACUUCACCAGGCUCACCCAGGUCGACACCGUCCUCAUCACUAGGUGAAACCCCUGCCGCAGAGUGAUCCAAUCCUGUUAAGAGGUUCCGCCUAAUUGGGAACUAUCGUCCUUGCUUCAGAGUGUGCCGCUUCUGGUCAUAUUACAGGCCGGAGAGGGACUCGUGGUCCAUACGAUUUCGUACCUAUUUUCUUCAGCUCGUAGGUCGACGUAGUCCUCGAUGACGAGAGUAUCGAACGUAGACUUCAACUCGAAUCUUGUUCCUCGAUUGUGGUAUACAGAGGAGCUUGGUCCUCCACUCCCUCCCUCGUCCUCCCAAUCACGAAUGUUUUAAUUCGAAUUGACAGUAACCUCGUUAUAAUGUGUCGAGUUUCUUCGGUUGGGGCUUCCUUUGAGGCUGACAAGACACGUAACACGAGCACAGCUCUCAAUAUAAUUGACAGGUAAUCACAAAAGGAAAAUCACUCGCAUCUGUUGUUGUUUUAGAUUCAGUCACCGGGAACAAGAGUUCCAAGCAGCACGGGCUACGGUGAGCCCGAAGUGGACGUUCACUCGCACCUAAUAUGAAAUACACACACACACACAUAUAUGUAAUAUAAUGCAAACUUGUUAAUAUUAAAAGUAUUAAGAGUUUAAUUUUGGAAAUGAAUUGUGUGGAAUGUUUAACCAAACACUAGUCUGCCUUAGCAUUGCUCUCAUUAAGUAAUGUAAAGCUUCCUCCAUGUUAGGUUUUGCUCUGUGAUUAAGUUAUAAGCUUCCUGUAAGUCCAAAGCUCCGGUUGGUGGGUCUUGUUGAUAAUAAAUAAAUUACAUUUUCAUAAAGGAUCAAAAUAUUUUGGGUGCAAAUAUAAUCAUUGCGGCUUCUUACAAAUUAAUCCAAAAUAUUGUUAGUUCUGUUAUAUUGAUUGGACUAUAAAGAACAUGACCCAUUCUGUUUUAUUCUGGUUAGCAUUUCUUGUGGCACUCAGUUGGCAUAAUGUGGCGUUCGUUCCACAUUGAAUCGAAGUCAGUGAAUUGAGUCAUUGAAUUAAGUCAAUGUUGAUAGGUGGAUACUGCAGAGAUUUAAAAUUAUUAAUGCACCAAUGUUGCUGAAACGUCAAUACAGUUGAAUCACUGCUGCAUCAAUAUGCCAAAAUCCUCACAUAAUGUUUCAACGUCGUAUCAACGUUACUUCAACGGAACAUUAAUAUAAAUACAACGUGACAUUAACAUCGAUACAACGUUGCAUCGACGUUAAAGCACUGUUGAUACACUGAUAAUGUUGACAUAUCGAUGCAAGAUUGAUUCAACAUGAUCAAAGUCGCAUCAACGUUGCUUCAACGUCGCAUCACCGUUGAUGCGACAUCCCCCCUAAGGUUGAAUCGAUACUGCAGCGACAUACCAACAUGAGUGUCGUAUCGACGUUGCUUUAACUUCAAUGUAAGGUCGCACAAACGUUGAAGCAACGCUGCAUCAACGUUGUUCCAACGUUGAUCUCACGUUGUGCGUGUCCAUUCAUUGCCAGUGUUAAUCAAAUCUCGUAUGAACAUUUAAUCAACGUCAUUGUUAAUUCACCAUUCAAUCCGCAUUGCUUUUGGAUAGUGAGCCGUUGGGACGUGACCUCCUGCUGUAGUAAACCCCCCCCCCCCCCAGGUGAGUGUAAUGGUGGUAAGGGCAUUAAAACCUACGAGGUCUCGUAUGUACUUGUCAGACACAGUUCUCCCCAGCCAGACACGUCGUCAGGUGCGACACACGUUCAGGCUGGGAAUGGCUCUUGAUAAACGUUGCUCACAUCUUCGGGGGGAAAAUGAAGUAAUACCAAGACAAAAUACCUCGCCUGUAUCCUCUCAAAAAUAUAUAUAUAUUUACAGUUAUAUGUACAAUAUAUAUGUACAUGUCAAUUCACUGCCGUCAGUCAGUUUGUCUUGUAUGACGCGCCAAUAAAGACUUGGGGCCAGAUUCACGAAAGCAGUUACGCAAACACUGGCGAACCUGUACAUCUUUUCUCAAUCUUUGGCGGCUUUGUUUCCAAUUAUUAAACAGUUAAUAAGCUCCGAAGCACCAGGAGGCUGU